AUGCCGUGGGACGACAUCGAGAGAUGUUGUCGCGAAGCGUCUCAGCACGCCGAAGAGAUCCACGGGGACCGGCUGAGGUUGCUGCAGGAUGCUCUCGGUGUGCCACAUUCGGAGGAGACGUUGGCGAUGCUGGUGAACGUGCGCAUCAAGGGGGGCAGCAAAGACCUGGCGCAACACCUGAAAGGGCUCACGUUGCGCAUCCCUGUAAUGCAGAAGUUGAUCGAGAUCAUGCGCGACAGCGGCUAUCCAAGUUAUGGCAACAACGGCCUGAACUCAUUCGACAGAGUGGCAACCCGCCUCCACGAAAGGUACUCUCAGAAAUACGCAGAUAAAUACGGGGAGGCGAAGUUCAUCCCGCAGGCAGUGCAGGAUGCGGUGCAACAGCUAGACGGGGCCAAAGACUCCAUCGUUCAAGACAAAGUGGCGACGCCUCCAGAGCCGGCAAAACCG